UGGAGUUCAGGGGGCAGAGCGGGGCAAGAUGGUGGAGCAGCGCGAGAGCCGCGUGGUUCGGUGCGGCGGCAGUAAGAUCAGCUUCAGGGCGCCGGUGAUCACCGAGGACUCCAGGUUUCUGUUGUGCGCUUCUGGAGACUCGGUGAAGGUCUUCAGCACCAGUACAGAGGAGUGUGUUCACGUCCUGGAGGGUCACACGGAUCAGAUUAGCGGCGUGGCCUUGAACCCGACCAAUCACCUGCAGGUCUUCUCGUGCUCACUAGAUGGCACUGUUCGACUGUGGGACUUCACUGAUGGGAUCCUCAUCAAGACUUUCAUCGUGGGAUACCCGAUCUUCUCCAUAUACGUCUCAGAGAAACAUGUGGGAGUCGUUUUCCUCAUCGUCCCCAUGGCCGGAGAGAAACACACCGAUGUUUACCAGCUGGUUGCUGUACAUCUGCCCAAGACGGUGGAUCAGGAGGUGGAGGUGACGGGGAUGUCGGCGGUGUUCAGUGAUGUUUCUCCAAACCCCAGUGCUACUGCUGUCGGCCGUGAGGGUGAAUAUCUGGCCUUGGUCAAGGGUCUGCAGCUGCACGUCUUUUUCUUCAGGAAGCAGAAAGUCUUCAGGUUCUCCCUGAAGGCCACGGAUAAGAAGGGCGCCAGAAACGCCUUCACGUGUGUGUCCUGUCACCCUAAAGACGACUGCAUCGCGACCGGUCACGAAGACGGCAAAAUCCGCCUCUGGAGAAAUUUCAAUCAACACAAAGAGUACACGUAUUCUACCCUGCACUGGCACCACGACACCGUGAACACCCUGUGCUUCACUCCCGAGGGUAUGCACCUGCUGAGCGGAGGAGUGGAGUCUGUGUUUGUGCAGUGGCAUUGCACCGAGGUCAAUAAGAAGGAUUUCCUCCCUCGUCUGGGCGGAGCCAUCUCGCACAUCUCGGUGUCUGCAGACGGACAGACGUACUGCACCAGCCACUCGGACAACAAGAUCACCAUCGUCCACUGUAGUUUCAAAGUAUCCGCAGUUAUUCAAGGACUCGUCCAUGGAGAUGCCGUUCGCACGGAUCUGAUGAUCGACCCGCGCAGCAAAGCGCUGGUGCUGAACGGAAAACCCGGCCACCUCCAGUUUUACUCCCUACAUCGUGACAAGCAGCUUUACAGCCUUGACAUCGUGCAGCAGGAGUACAUCUACCAGGCAGGACUGGACCAGUUCGAGGUGGUGAAGGCGGCGUUCGACAGCCGCGGCUCGUGGUUGGCUACGGUGGAGGAGAGAAGCAGCAAAGACUCCAAUCUCGAGUUUUCCCUUAAGCUCUGGGGCUAUGACGAGCAAGCGCAAAGCUUUGAACUGAACACCACCAUAACGGCUCCCCACAAUGAUGGGAUUACAGCCAUGUGCUUCAGCCCUGCCACAGAGACCACCAUGCUGGUGACCACCUCCAAAGACGGCCAGUUUAAAGUCUGGCUGUUGGGGUCAGACUCGGACACGCAGAAGGACCAGGGCUCCUGGUCAUGUGACUUUGUGGGCAGUUACCAUGGCCUGCGACCCUCCAACUGCUGUUUUUCAGCUGAUGGCUCCCUGCUGGCUGUGAGCUUUGGGGAGGUGGUGACGGUGUGGAGCGUGGACACCUGGGGGCUUCUGACCACACUGUGCCAACCACCGGGGACCAUUAGGGAUCUCUGCUUCGGGCGUCUGAGCUGCUCUAGAUACCUGCUCGGCACCACCACGAAAAACCUGCUGUGCUGCUGGAACCUUCUCACCUGCUCAUUGGAAUGGAGCACGUCGAUGGAUGUGUGUAUGCUCCAGCCUGACCCUCUGUCUGAGAACAUCGCUGCAUUCUGCCACCACUCUGGAAACACGGACUUGUUUGUUUUCAAGCCCAGCGAGCCGAGGCCCCUGUUUACCCAGAAGGCCGUGUGCUCGGGAAAAGUUCAGCGCUCCGUGUUCGCCCCGAGAGACGAGCCACUGGAUAGCUGCGACGAGAAGACGCAGUGGCUGAACAGAUCGCGUCUCUACUUCCUCACCGAAAACACGGACUUGUUGACCUUCAGCACCAGGACAGAGGAUGAGCGAAUGCUGAACUCGAGGAAACAGCUGCUGGUUGAUGACAGUGUGGCUGUUACACCGUUUUACCUGUUGCUGGGGAAACACAACCCGGUGCAGGGGAAGACGGACUCGGGUUCCAGUCGGACCCUCGACAGGACUCAGCUUCCUCAGGGAUCAGCCGCCAUUAAAGAGUUGCUGCACACUUCAGCCCACGUGCUUCCCGCAGCCUCGGUCCUGUGCUCGAUGUUCGUCAAGUCUCUGCUCAUCUCCAGCGGGGACAGAGAUGAGAAGGAGCCGCUCGAACAGGAAGUAGAGAGCGACAAGGAGGAAGUCGAUUCGGAGGAGGAAAUGGAAACAUGCGAUCGUCAGCAGGGGGUUCGGUCUUCGGGCUCCGUCUUGGAGCCCUCCGUCCAGCUGUCCAAAGAGGAGGAAAGGGAACUGAAGAGUGUUAGAAAGAUGGACUUCAGCUGGGUUUCGAGCUACAUCGGCUCUUAGCUGAGCGUAUUUUUAUACUUAUACUUAGAAAUGUUACUCAAAUUUUGUUUGGCAUGUAUAAAAUAUAUGUGCCAACGGUUUGAAUUCUGUAAAUAUGUUUUAUUUUGAACUUGAUGUCUCUAGUUUGAGCUUGGAGCCAUCUGUGGUUCAAGGUUCAAUCCAGAGCUUUUACAAAGCUUCACCAUGUUUACCUCCGAGUUGGACAGUUGUCUCCUAGAAAUCCUAAGCUGAAAUCAGAUUUUAAACUUAUCAGAUGUACAGAAUUUGAAACUCCGAUACGGUUUGAACUCGGUCCGUGCCGUUUCACACCAAUUUGAAAUUGCAUCGUACCGAGGUUCAUCAUUAAGCUGCAUUGAUUUGAUUUGUGUUGCUUUUCACCCAUAAAAAUAAUCGUGCACUGUUCAAAAAAAUUAAGCAUAAAAAUAAAAAACUAAAACAAUAAAUUGGGCAAACAUCAUAUAUAAAUGAGGUCCGUAAUGUGGAGGAAAAGUCUUUAUCAUGGGCUAAAUAUAAAGAGUAAACAUUCAUUGGAAGCUCGGUGAAAUCUCCUGCUGUUUUAUUUCUCUUCUGUUCUGGAGCUGGUUUUGUCCGUGUCGAUUUUUUCCUUCAAAUUAUAAAGAAACAAAGGAGAACAUUGUACACAACGUGUUCUGGAUUAUGUGUUAUGAGACGUGUAAGAAAUGCAGAUUUUGAACUUGUCUUGUCUUUUGUAUUUCAGAAUGAACCAUGUUUGAAAGAUAAACACAUCCAAAUUGA